AUGCACUUCUGUUCGCUCUUCGCCAUCUUCUUCGCACACAUCGCUUCCUACGCUUCCGCACAGGUAGAUGAUGCGCUAUGGAGCCAGGUCUGGGCGGACUGGUCAUCGUCAAUCUCGCAGGACGAGAACUGGAACAGGAGUUGCCUAUCGGAUGCAGUUCCAAUUGGGGAGCGGAGAUGGCUUCCCAGCGCCGGUGGCAUUCCGCUAGGCCUCUGGAACCUGUAUGGUUCAAAGAUGGAGCUCGACACGCCCAGCACAAUCUUUCAGAUUCUGGCGGAGGAGAUUCUUGGUUACCAUGUGGGCUCCAGCGUUCAGGACGUAGGCACUGCAGCGGAGGCGCUGUGGACCUUAGCAGGCUGUUCCCCGAGCGAUACUGAGAGCUGCCAUGGGCAGACGAACUUCCACAUCACUUUCGGAGUUACCUUCAGCUCGAAUGUAUCGGCAGAGUACGACCGGGUUCAGCGGCUCCAGAUGGGCGGCUUGCUGGAAAACCUUGCGAGCAUGGGCUAUCUCACUCGCGCUGGGAUAUAUGUGACGGAGGCCCUUCUACAAUCUGCAGAGUCUUCUACAUCCCGGUCCCUCCUGGAUGAUUACAGGAGUUAUGACGCACGCUACCAUCAACCGCAGUCCUUCUUCGACGACGUGGAGAGCAUCGACUCCUCGCAGCUCGUUCCGUGUGCGGAUUGGCUAACUCCCGGCCAGGCCGCGCUGUGCGAGAACAACUGGUGGAAAGCCCCGACUUGUCGAUUCAAAGGCAAUGGCAGUUGCGUUCCUUGCCUUACAGCCACGGUCGGGAGAUCUGCCUACAGAGUCGCCGAAGUCAUGGAUAAAGCCGUCGCCCACACGAUGCCCCUUGCUUUGGGAGUGACGAGAAGCGUGAAAGAUCUACAUGACCUGGUGGCGGCUCACCGGACGUUGUUCGUCUUCUGGGAGCCGGAUGUCACCUUUCUGCAGCUCCACCCACGUCGCAUCUCCUUCCCCAAGCACAACCCACUCCAGUGGCUGCGAGGCGACUAUAGCACCGACUCGCAGGCGGAAGACCCCAGGAUCGUGGUCAGCAGUGAUCUGAUGAUGCAUGCGCCCGACGUUCGGGAGAUGUUGCUGAAGAUGAAGUGGUCUUUGUCCGACAUCGAUGCCAUGAUGCAGGAUGGAGUGGAAGCGAAG